CUCUUCCGAAGUUACCGUGUCUACUGUUUGAUUGGCGACGGGGAGUCGUCAGAAGGCUCUAUCUGGGAAGCCAUGGCCUUCGCUUCUUUCUACAAGUUGGACAACCUGGUGGCCAUCUUUGAUGUCAACCGCCUAGGCCAGAGCGCCCGCCCCCUCAGACACGAAAUGGGCGUCUACCGCCAGCGCUGCGAGUCCUUUGGGUGGAACACGUACGUGGUGGAUGGGCACAGCAUCACGGAGCUCUGCCAGGCCCUGGCACAGGCCGCCCUCGUCAAGGACCGCCCCACGGCCAUCGUCGCCAAGACCCUGAAAGGGAAAGGCAUCCAAGGAGUCGAAGAUGCAGAAAACUGGCACGGCAAGCCCAUGCCCAAGGAUCGGGUGGCAGAGAUGCUACGUGAGAUCGAAGGGCGCAUCAAGACCAGCCAGCGCCUGUGCCCCCCAGCCCCAGUGGAGGACGCCCCCCCGGUCAACAUCACCGGGAUCACUUUGCCCUCCCCGCCAGGGUACAAACUGGGCGACAAGAUUGCCACUCGAAAAGCCUAUGGCCUAGCCUUGGCCAGGUUAGGGAAGAUGAACCAGCAUGUGGUGGCUCUAGAUGGGGACACCAAGAACUCCACGUUCUCCGAUCUCUUCCGAAAGGAGCAUCCCGAGCGUUUCAUCGAGUGUUACAUUGCUGAGCAGAACAUGAUCAGCGUGGCCAUUGGCUGUGCCACCCGCGACCGCACGGUGGCAUUCGCCAGCACAUUUGCUGCUUUCCUGACGCGUGGGUACGACCAGAUCCGGAUGGCUGCCAUCUCUCAGAGCAAUGCCAACUUCUCUGGUUCCCAUUGUGGUAUUUCCAUCGGUGAAGACGGACCCUCGCAGAUGGCCCUGGAGGACAUCGCAAUGUUCCGGGCCAUUCCAACCUGCACCAUCUUCUACCCCAGCGAUGGGGUGUCGGCAGAGAGGGCAGUAGAACUGGCAGCAAACACCCAGGGAAUCUGCUUCAUCCGAACCAGCCGACCGGAGACCAGUGUCAUUUACCGCAGCGACGAACCGUUUGAGGUCGGCAAAGCCAAGGUUGUCCGACAGUCGGAGACGGACCGUGCCCUCGUCAUCGGGGCAGGAAUCACCCUGCACGAGGCCCUGGCGGCAGCUGACAGCCUGGCAGCGGAAGGUACCAAUGUUCGGAUCCUCGACCCUUUCACUGUGAAGCCUCUGGACGCGGCCACCAUUAUCGCUAACGCCAAGGCAGUGGGAGGGCGUGUUAUCACGGUCGAAGACCAUUAUCACGAAGGUGGCCUGGGAGAGGCGGUGACUUCGGCGGUCAGCUUGGAGCCAGCCAUUUGCGUUCGCCGCUUGGCGGUGAGAGGCGUGGCCUGGAGCGCCAAACCCUCCGAGCUGCUGGACGCUUUCGGAAUCAGCGCGAGCUCCAUCGCCGACGCCGUGCGCGCGGCCCUGACUGACUGAAGCCACCAUCGCCAUCCAUCUCUCGCCUGGCCUGGCUCUCCGUCGCCCGCCUUUGAAACGAGCUGGCGCCUCGCGGGUUUCGGCGUAGAGUGCGAAAGGCGAACCACGCCUCGCGCUCUCUCAAAAACGCGAUCCUGCAGCGACUUUUCGGUCUCGCUCCUUCACUACGACAGAAUUGCACCUUGUGUGCCCGCUUUCCCCUGCAUUUCUUUCAGCCCCUACCUAUCUUUUGACUCUCUCUCUCCGUCAGAAUCGCGUCAGGUUGGCGCAGAGCGAAGGGUUUGAGGGGGGGGACGGUGCUAGGAUUCGCGUCAUGUUGGCACAGAGCAAAUGUUUGGGGUUGGAGGUGGUGGAGGGGAUUUGGUCACUGGAGCUAUGUUGGACCGAACUGUUGGCUUUUUGUAUACGUUAAUAAAACGUGACCUUCCCCACAGCAAA